AUGGUGUUAAAGCCCUCAGGACCAUCGCCAAAAGCCCCCAAUCCCACUCACAAUCAAGAUGUGGUGCAGCGGCAGCAUCACCAGCCCAAACUAUCAUGGUCCCGCCACAUCACGCUGGACCUGAUCCUGUUGAUCUUGGCCAACUCCGUCUUCCACCCGUGGAUCACGCUGGUCUUCUACCUGUGCCUAGCCGCCGUGCAUAAGCACAAGGAACCCCUCGCCUACUACACGCUGUACUACACGGCCUUCCUGGCGGUGGUCGAACUGUCCCUCUGGUUCGACCACCGCAUCACGCACGGCAGGCACAGAAAGGUCGACUGGGAAGGCGAGGUCGUGGUCAUCACCGGCGGGGCGCAUGGCCUAGGCAGAGUGCUGGCCGAGAUGGUCCUGAGGAAGGGCGCCAAGGUCGCCGUGUUGGAUGUCCUCGAGCCUGACGAGGAGGCGCGCGAGGAGAUGGAGCGGUGGGAUCUUGUCUGGGAGGUGGUCGAUGUGAGUAAGACAGAAGACGUGAAGGAGGCGGUGGAGAGGGUAGUUGACUGGCUCGGCCCUCCAACUAUCCUCAUCAACAAUGCAGCAACGCCCAUCAAUGGACUCCCUCUGCUUUCCCCAUCAUCCAAGGAAUCAUUAGCGGCAACCCUAUCCCCUCAGCAAGUCACCAAAACCAUCACAACGAAUGCCCUCGGCCACUUCACCAUGCUUUCCAUCCUCCUUCCUCAUCUUCUCUGCUCACCCCAGGGCGCCCACAUAGUAACAAUCUCCUCCAUCCUCUCGCACCUCGCCCCGGCUAGACUGGCCGACUACAAUGCGUCAAAAUCCGCCGUUUCAGCCCUGCACAGCACCCUGUGCCACGAACUCCGCACCCACCCUGACCCGUCUGUCUUCCACAAGGUGAAAACGAUCCUCGUCGAACCGGGUCAGCUAUCCACUCAACUGUUUGCGGAUAUCACGCGUGUGCCGUUUUACGCCCAUUUCUUUGGGCCAGUGUUGGAGGCCAAGGACGUGGCGAAGGAAAUCGUGCGGUGUGUGGAAAGAGGUGACGGCGGCGUGAUUCGCAUGCCAUUUUAUGCCAAAUGUGUGCCUUUUCUGGGGGUGAUGCCGGGGGCAGCCCAAAGAGUCGUGCGGUGGUGGAGUGGAAUCGACCGGGCGAUUGUCACGAGGGAGAAGCAGGCCUGA